AUGAAAGUAGUAAUAAGUGAGCAAAGUGUCUUGGCUGGACCAAUUGUUGAUCCACAUGUAACAGCAGUUUGGGGGAAGAAUGUCACAUUGAAAUGCAUCAUUGAAAUAAAUGGAAAGAUAAUACAAACCUCAUGGGAGAAGGUACACGGUAAAAGCACACGGACCAUUGCUGUUCUUCAUCCUGAAUAUGGGUUUUCUGUUCAAGGAGAGUACCAAGGAAGAGUGUCAUUUAAGAACUACUCACGUACCAAUGCAACUAUCAUCCUAAAUAAUAUAAGCUUCUCUGAUUCAGGAGAGUAUGUAUGCAAAGCAGUUACAUUCCCACUAGGAAAUGUUCAGGCAUCAACAACUGUAACCGUAUUAGUUGAACCCACUGUGAGCCUAACAAAGGGACCGAACUCUCUAAUAGAUGGAGAAAGUCAGACAGUAGUAGCCAUUUGUACAGCAGCCACUGGAAAACCUGCUGCAGAUAUUGAUUGGGAAGGAGAUUUGGGAGAAAUGGAAUCCAGUUCUACUUCAUUUCCCAAUGAAACUGUGACCGUUGUCAGUCAGUACAAACUAAAACCCACCAAACUUGCCAGAGGAAGACGCAUAACUUGUGUUGUGAGACACCCAGCUUUGGAAAAGGAGAUGAGAUAUCGUUACAUGUUGGACGUACAAUAUGCCCCUGAAGUUUCACAAAGCAAGUAUGAUGGAAACGGGUUUAUUGGAAGAGAGCAUAUUCAGCUCCGCUGCAGUGCUGAUGCAUAUCCACUGUCCAUGGCAAUUACAUGCACCAGGUUGGAUGGGCAAUGGCAUGAAGGUUUAAUGUCUUUUAACAAUACUCUGCAUUUCAACAGUCCACUGACUUACAAUUAUAUCGGGACUUACAUGUGUAAGGUGACCGAUUCCAUUGGAGAAAAAAGUGAUCAAAAGACAAUCUACAUAUUAGAUGCCCCUGAAGUUUCACAAAGCGGGUAUGAUGGAAACGGGUUUAUUGGAAGAGAGCAUAUUCAGCUCCGCUGCAGUGCUGAUGCAUAUCCACUGUCCAUGGCAAUUACAUGCACCAGGUUGGAUGGGCAAUGGCAUGAAGGUUUAAUGUCUUUAAACAAUACUCUGCAUUUCAACAGUCCACUGACUUACAAUUAUAUCGGGACUUACAUGUGUAAGGUGACCGAUUCCAUUGGAGAAAAAAGUGAUCAAAAGACAAUCUACAUAUUAGUCCUCUUUCCAUCAAAUCCUACUACUGCUACUACUGCUACUACACGACCACCUACGGUUCCAUGGCAUCCUUCAACUGAUGGCAUCGCAGGUUUAGCAACAGAACCAAAACUAAUGCAUUUUCCAACAUCAAUUCAGGAAGAAAACUGGGGUACCAUCAUCAGUAGUGCAGUGGGUGGGGCUCUGUUUCUGAUACUUUUAAGUGUUUUGGUUGGAAUUAUCUGCUAUAGGAGAAGACUGAUAUUCCGUGUUGACUCCAUUACUAUGAACUACAUUUCACCAUCAGAAACGCAAAAAGAGUCUCAAAUAGAUGUUCUCCAACUAGAUGAUGUGGAUUCUGCUCCUGAUAUUAUAAAAAAAGAAAUAAAACAUCCAGUGAACAGUUUAAUAUCAAUAGAUGAUUUAGAAGACCCAGACGAACCACAAUGGAACAAUGCAAACAAUAUUAACAGAUACCAAGAAGAGUAUGAAAGACCAGUGGAUAAUUAUGAAGGUGGAGCCCUGGGAAUGAAGCACAUGGGUAGUGAAUGUUAUGAUGACAGUGAAGAAGACUUUGUGUUACAUAUAGAUGGUUCAAUAAUAUCCCGGAGGGAGCGUUAUUUGUAGCAAUCACUGAU